AUGAAGUCUGGUAGUCAACGAACCCAGACGUCCCAACGGGCCAUCGCUUCGCAAAUCAGUCCUCAACAAGAGCAAUCCAAUCGGAACACUCCCAGCAUUUCAGGCUCUCGGGCAUCCACUCGAUCUCAAAAGAGGAAACUCACUCAAAACCACCCAUCAUCGCCAUCUCCAGUUUCCACUCGUACUCAACGUUAUAGGCCAUACCAACGUUCAAAACGUUCGCAGCCAAGUCUUCCAACUCAGCAAUCGACACAUGGCAACACUCCGAGGGCCUCUGUUUCACGAUCUACACGAUAUCAAAACAGACAUCAUCAGCGUGAACAAACUGAAGAACUCGAAAGUCACAAUUCUCAAUUAUCUAAUCCUACCGAAGGAAAUCAGAAAAACGAAGAAGAAGAUGAUGAAAUACCUCAAAAGCCUGCCAAAGAGUCACAGAGAGAAGACUCCGAAGAACCUUUCAAUCAAAAAGAUUUAAAUUUAUUCAACACUGGCUCUGAUGACAACAAUGUAACCGACGAAAGUCCUUAUAAACCGGAGGAUAGCAGUGAACGUAAUAGUAGUGAAGGUGAAGACGAUUAUCCUUAUGUGAACUUAGCCACCAAAGCUGCCACAGUCCGCCCCGCUGCUCGAACUAUGUCGAAGAACCAUAGCGGACAGACUGCUUUACCUUCCCAUAUGACAGCCGCUCAUUCCCAAUCUUUCGAACGCAUUGCUAAUUGGGCUGAUCUUGAUCAAGAUGCUCGCACGGUUGGACGAAAGUUAUGUAAUGUUACUGGCAGUGACGAUCAAUUCCAUGCCUGCGUGGUUGCCACACUAUCCAUGCGCCAAGAGAUGGUAGUGUUAUCAAAUCAGCUUGACGAAAUCAAGCAACAAAUAAGCAAAAUAUCUCGUGGAAGAGGCAGUUCUUGGAAAGACGAAGAGCAUACCGAGCUCAAAGCAGUUGUUCGUUCUACAGCGGUCAAGAAGAUCAUGGACGGCGAUAUCCAGGCAUACACCGCUAAGGAGAACAAAGUCAUCAAUGAGGACCCGCUACCCUUCUGUUUGUAUGGGAAAGUCAUGACUGAGAUCUUAGGUAAACCAUCCGAAUGGAAGAAGGAAUAUCUUCCACCACGAUAUGGUGUCGAUCCGGACAACAAAUCGAGUCGUGCUUUUCAUUCUUUGGUGAAUACUGCUUUGAAGGAGGUCAGAAAGGACUUUGAAACUGUGCUCCUUCAAAACAUUUAUCUUCCGGAUCGAAAAACGCCACGUGUGGAUGCACCAGUGCCUAUUCUUGACACGGUUAUUGUCAAACUGUACCAAAAGGAACAUGGUGUCAGUGGUCAAGUCCUCGUUACCAAAGAGGUACUUGACAAAGUGGGCUACCUUCGAUCAUCACGAUAUGCAUGGGUGAGGAUGCAGGCAAUCCACUGGGGGUUAAACUGUAAUAACAAGAAUUUUAAGUAUGGCAGCCGAUCCUUGUGGGACGUCAUUGAUGAACAACUGGAGUACUUACGAAGUAAAUCCACGCGAUAUCGUCACGCGUUUUUUACCUUGUGUGACCAAAAUGACAUCGAUCGAAUCGAUGGGACCAAGAAUUUUGCCCAAUUAAAGGAUUCUACCGACUUCUCGCUGCCAAGUGAGGCACAAAUUGAGGAGGAAAUCGAGUAUUUGAAUCAGACUUUUGGAACGGAACAGUCACCCGAAGAGGCGUCGCAUGUACUCGUCGAAGGCUAG